AUGGGGGCCGAACAGUCCUCGAAUGCGGGAUCGCGCCGUACCGACACUGAGACCACUCAAAGAACAUGCUACUACGAACUUUUAGAAGUUGAGAGGACUGCCACUGAUGUUGAAAUAAAAAAGGCAUAUCGCAAGAAAGCCCUAGAACUGCAUCCAGAUCGCAAUUUCAACAAUGUUGAAGCGGCCACCAAGAAAUUCGCAGAGGUGCAAGCUGCCUAUGACAUAUUGUCUGACCCUCAGGAGAGGGCCUGGUACGACUCACAUCGCGACAGCAUCCUCAGUGGCCAGGACGAUGCUCAUGACGGAUCUGCGCCUCCGACAUUCCACAAUGUUCGCCUCACGACGGCAGACGACAUCAUGCGUCUCAUCUCCCGCUUUAAUACCACCGUUCCCUAUACUGAUGAUGCCAACGGCUUCUUCUCCAUCACGAGAAAGACGUUUGAGCACCUCGCUGAAGAGGAAGAGGCUGCUGCCGACUAUGACGGCACCGAGUGUCCCGAUUACCCGACCUUUGGCUCAUCCAACAGUGAGUUUGACAGCACUGUGAAACCUUUCUAUAGUGCCUGGACCAAUUUCACCACGAAGAAGUCGUUCAUGUGGCAGGAUAAGUACCGCCUCUCAGAUGCUCCGGAUCGCAGGACCAGACGAUGGAUGGAGAAGGAAAACAAAAAGAUACGAGACGACGCAAUCCGAGAGUUCAACGAUGCUGUUCGUUUUCUCGUCUCGUUUGUCAAGAAACGAGAUCCACGCUACGCGCCAAACAGCCAGAGCGAAGCAGAUCGCCACAAGUCGCUUCGGACCGCCGCCGCUGCGCAAGCUGCGCGAUCACGGGCCGCUAACAAGGAAGUUCAUGCGUCAUUCGAGGUCCCAGAUUGGGUUCAGUCCAAAGAAGACGGGAAUGAGGAGGCUCAGCCAUCAGAGACUGAGGAGUCGGAAACCGAGAUCCUGGAAUGCGUGGUCUGCAAUAAGCGGUUCAAGAGCGAAAAGCAGUUCGAGUCCCACGAGCGCAGCAAAAAGCAUAUCAAGGCUGUCCAGGACCUGCGGCGCCAGAUGAAGAAAGAGGGGGCAACCUUCGACCUGGAAGCAAUGACUGCCGAUGCGGAACCGUCACGGAACGACGAAGAUGCUGCAAGUGUAGGACCGGAGAAUGCGUCGUCUUCACCAGAGGAGAAGCCAGAAGAAGGAUUGGGGCAAUCGAACAAGCAGGCGGAUGAGCAGGAAGCAGUCACUCAAAACGAAGCAUUACCAGAUCAGAGUGCAUCAGGAGCAGACGAAGAAGCAGCAGCUGAUGGCGAAAAGCUCCAUGAGACGUUCGACAGGUUGAAUCUACAAUCGACAAAUGGAGACUCGAUUCACAUCGAUCUGGACGAGGACACACCGGGCGAUUUAUCCGAGCAACCUCAGGAGCCUUCGAUUGACGACACGAAACCGAAAGUCAAGAUUGGAAAGGCAAAACUCAAGCGGCAGAAGAAGGCUGCGGCCAUGGUGGCCGAAAACGAGGUAGGUUUCGUAUUCUCAUGGGCUGAUGACUAG